CUGAUAGAACAUAUACGUCCUCACGAUCGUAUAAAAACCCUAGUGGAACAUCUCUGGUUCAAAACCCUUAAUUUGAGAGAGAGAGAGAGAGAGAGAAAGGGGAUAGAGAUAUCUAAACCUGGAGUGAGGUGAGGGCAAUGGAGGGAGGGGGGAGUGACAAUAUACUAGUCCCAGAAUCAGUAAUAGAGGUAGUGAAGAGAAUAUCUUGUAACAUGGAAGAAUUCAGAACCCAUUUCGUCGACUUCUUGUCUCUCUGCGACCCUCAAGUUCUCUCUGAAAUGCUUCCUUUACAACGUGCUCAGUCUCUCCUCUUGCUCGCCAAGGCCACUACAACUCUCUUCACCUUGAAAUUGAGGUGCAGUGGUGUUUGCCCAGAUGACCACCCUGUGAAAUCAGAGCUUGAGAGAUUAAGGUUGUAUCAAGAAAAACUACAACGGUUCAUUGAUUUGAGUAAAGCGCCGCUAAGACCUUCGACAACCUUGAAUCACCAGGCAGCAACACGUUUUAUUGAGCAUUCAUUGCCCGAUCUUACUUCAGAGCAGAGGCAAAGUAUGAGGGAUAUCAGUAGAGGAGAGGGCCCGAAGAUUAAGUAUGUGGAGAGAAGUGUCCACAAGAAGAGAAAAUGUCAGUCAUCCGGGCAACAAUCUGUCCGUACUGCUGCCCAGGAAUUUCUUGAGAAAGCAGCCCGUGAGCUUCUUGGUGAUAAUAAAAAUGGUUUUAAGGGACCUCUGCAGCCUGAGAAUUUAGAUGAAGAUGAUCUAUCCAUGGAUUGACACUGCAGAAUCAUACGGAGCAGAUGUUCUAAUGUUGGUGACAAAAUUUCAGUGGAGGGGCAUUCUUAUGCUACUGUUGGCGUUUUCCCUAGUUUAAAGGUUGCAUAUGGAGCAUCGGCAUAUCAUUUAUUAUGCUACUGUUGGCGUUUUCCCUAGUUUAAAGGUGUUGUUUUCUUCUCUUUUUUUUUUUUUUUCUUUUUUUUUUUCUCCUGCAAAACAGCAUCUUCUUGCUGCUAGAACUUUCAUAGAGGUGUUGUAAAGUCACUUUCAGUAUUUUGAUUGUAACUGACUGUUAAUUUAGAGAUCAUAGUAGUUGUCUUACCUGGCUUUCCAUUGUCCAGACUGCCUAUGCAACACAACUACUUGGUUUUGUUGGCAUUUCCAGAGUCUUUCGGUUUUAAAUUUGGGUUGUCCUUGGCAAAUGGAUCCACAUGUGUGUAUAACUCCUGUUGAGUAUCCAAUCCAAAACCCUAGCCUGUGCCAAAAAA